AUGGUAAAAGUAGCAGUCCUCGGCGCUUCAGGCGGUAUCGGUCAACCACUCUCGCUCCUACUUAAGCAGAAUCAUUCCGUUACCAGCUUGGCUUUGUAUGAUAUUGUAAACACUCCCGGCGUUGCGGCAGACUUGAGUCAUAUUAACACACCAGCGGUCGUUACGGGCUAUUUGCCAGCUAAUAAUGGUCUAGAGCAGGCUGUGACUGGGGCUCAUGUUAUUGUGAUUCCUGCCGGGCUUCCUAGAAAGCCUGGCAUGACAAGAGAUGAUUUAUUCAAGAAAAACGCCGACAUUGUCCGUGGAUUGGCAACCGCAAUCGCUCAAUUUGCACCGCAAGCUUUUAUACUCAUUAUUUCCAACCCUGUAAACUCUACAGUACCGAUUGUCGCCGAAGUGCUGAAGCAACGCGGGGUGUUUGAUCCCAAACGUCUUUUUGGAGUUACUACUCUUGACAUUGUUCGUGCAUCGACAUUCACAGCACAGAUUUCUGGCGCUUUUUCAAGUGAUGUCACAGUCCCCGUCAUUGGCGGUCACAGUGGAGUGACAAUUAUUCCUCUCUUGUCGAAGAUUACGCCCAAGUACGAAUUUAAUCAUGACCAGAUUGUUGCCUUGACAAAGAGGAUUCAGUUUGGUGGUGACGAAGUCGUGAAAGCAAAGGAUGGUGCUGGAUCUGCUACAUUAUCGAUGGCGCACGCUGGAGCCCGAUUUGCAAAUGCCAUCUUGGAUGCCACUGUAAAAGGUGUUGAUGGUAUUGUGACGCCGGCUUACGUUUAUCUUGGAGCCUUUAACGGCGCCAACGAACUCAAGGCGACUGUUGGCGGUUUGGAUUAUUUCUCUUCCAACGUUGAAUUGGGGCCUAACGGCAUCAACAAGAUACAGAAAUUAGAAUUAUCGGCAUACGAGCAAGAACUUCUUCAGGCGGCUAUUCCUGAACUCCAGAAGAGCAUUGCUAAAGGUGUUACAUUCGUUGAGGAAGCGUCUAAGCUGUAA